CGUGCGUAGAGGAAGAACUGCGAACGCGUGGUGGAAUUCUCGUUGUUCUGAGUGUGUCAACAUGGAGGUUGCUUUCCAGCCUUCAUCUGCAGCUCGUUCUGAUGGUGCGCAUUCUAGACUUAGUGACGAUGGUAGUUUGUUGACUACGAACGAGCAGAUAAAUGAAUUUCAAGAUAUAAUUCAAAGAAUGGAUCGUAUUUUAAAUGAACCGGUUGUAACAACAGCAUCAAGUUACAGUGGUUACUGUAGUACGUACACGUCUUGUGCGAAUUUGACGAACAGAGGUACCCAUCUUGUUACUGGAAAUUGUUGCAUCCCAGAUCAUCACCAUUGCCGUAGCGCCCCUGCUACUGCUACCAUGGCAGUAGGCUUGAUACCCGCGAUGCCUGAAACCCGAACAUCAGUGGUAAACUCUCCUGUCGUGUGUAAAGAAAGUCCAACAGUUCGUGUUAACAUAGGCAUCGAUGAAGAUCUGAGAAUGAUCCUGGAUAUGGAUCCCAGUAUCAUAGAUGUGGCGACGGACAACGAGCGACAGCAACAGCAGGUGUCACCCCCGGCUCCGCCCCUUCCGCCGCCGAUGCCACCACCUCCUGACAAGGUGGUAGGCCUACCGCCGAGGGCUGGCGGUCCACCAACAUUCAAAACGGCCACUCCGACGUCUCGCACUCAACUGAAGCUACAGUUGAUGAGAGAACAGCUACAGCAGCAAGAACGUCGGGAGGCAGAACUGAAGCAGCAGCAACUGGAGCGUCGAGCUCCGUCGCUUACUCCAGCCCUGAAGGUGCCUGUCAGUAUUCAGAGCGUCGAUGUACCUCCACAAGUUUUGCAAGUGCGGACGGGUCUAGAAAAUCCAACGCGGUAUCACGUAAUUCAGAAACAGAGGAGUCAAGUGCGGCAGUAUUUGAGCGAAUCAUUCCAGCAGCCCGUAGUAGGUGUGAAUGGUGCUAAUUGUACUGUUGACCUCCCUAGUGGGGCGGUGCAGGUUCAGAGCGCCCCGAAUCUCGCUACUGUGACUCUACAGAAGCACCAUGUUGUCGGCGCUAGUCCAGAGAAUGCCGCCUCACCCAGUAUCAGCUCCGUCGCCACAAGCACGGAUGAGGCUGAGGAGGUCCUGGAAGAUAUUUUGGCUUUUGAAGCCAGUUCAUUGGCAUCGGAUAAUAUUAAAGUCACAGAUUCAGCACUGAAUAUUUCUCCAGAUAUUCAGGUUGGGAGUGGAAGUUUCUAUGAACAACUAAUAGCAUUUGGAAAUGGACCACUCAAAACAAGCAAUUCUUGCCCGCCUGAUCUUCCGCAAGUUAAGCCAGAACCACUUCAGCUUAGUGAUGCUGAAAUGCAUGCAAUUGCCAAAGAUAGGCAAAAGAAGGACAAUCAUAAUAUGAUUGAAAGACGGCGACGUUUCAAUAUCAAUGACCGAAUCAAAGAACUGGGAACCCUUCUUCCUAAAAACAAUGAUCCGUACUAUGAAAUUGUGCGAGAUGUUCGACCCAACAAGGGGACCAUCCUGAAAUCAUCAGUUGAUUACAUCAAGGUUCUGAAACUUGAGGUGCAGAGAAUGAAACAAGUGGAAGCAAGGCAAAAGCAGCUUGAACUUCAGAACCGGCGUUUGUAUCUCAGAAUUCAGGAGUUGGAAUUGCUAGCAAAAUCACAUGGAUUACCAGUGUCUGAAUUUGCGUGGCAGCCCUGUUCUCAGUCAACUGUUAUCAACAGCUGCUUUAAAUCCCAGCAUAUAAUUCAAGACCCCUUACUUGGUCACACGUUAGAUGGCAGCAUAGCGCAAUUCGGCAUGCAGAUGCAAGGUGUUAUUACAGAUGCAUCAUCUCUAAGUGCAUCACAAGUAGAAGAUUUAAUGGAAGAUGAUCAUCCUGUAAAUGGUGAUCCAAUGCUUUCAUCUCCACAUGUGCCAAGUCCAGGAGAACCAAACCACAUUGAUGAAGAUGAUGAUGAUGAUCCUGACAGUGACUCUCUGGUAGAUAUGGCAAUGGUGGCAUGAUCUGCCAUGUCUUUUGUUAUCUGCAAUUUAGCUAAUGCCAUUAAGGGGAGUUCCAUGAACUGGUAGCAUUGGUGAUUGUUAUGAUAUGAGGAAGUGGUUUGGAAAUACACAUACAUCUCACCGAUAAGUUCAGUGUCUGUUAUCUUGAAGCAAGCUGAUUGCUGACUGAUGCUGUAUAGUUUGUUGCUUCGUUUGCAGACUUUAUAUUUAAAAAUGUUUGGAAAAUGGAUGACCUGUGAAAUGAUGCUGCAAAAUAAACAAUGAUGUUAGCGCUGGAGUUAUUACGAUUGUUCCACGUCAGUGUCCUCGUGCGGAACGUCUGAAUGUAAUGAAAGAUGAAUGAGAGUGUGUCUGGAAGAGUUAGUACCUGUAUGUCUGCAUGUGUGCUGUGUGGUUGUUGUAAGAAUGGGAAAUGACAUGCAUUCUAAUUAGCAUACUUAAUACACAUUCAGCAAUUUGCUGCAGAUGCUAAGAACCAUGUUUGUUGCAUACUUUAUGAUACUGACUGAUGAUGUUAAGUUUUUUAAAUGUUUAUCACUAUCAUACUAUUGAUCAUGUUAUGUUAUAAAUGUGAUUGUGAUUUAUUAUCAAGAACACUGACACAGGAGGUCAUGUUUACAGAUAGUAUAUAUCACUAUGUAAAAUAAUUUUAACAUGUAAUGUUUGCUAAGAAAGUAAAGCAUUAAUGAAAGAGGUGAUAUUUUUAAUAUGUACACUAUUUUCAGCAGUCAGUAGCCAGGUAAUAUCUUUAAUGCAAAGAAAUACAACCUUCACUGAAAAAUGUGAUAUAUUCAGUAAUAUUGUUAUUUUCAUGUGAUACAGAAGGCUGAUAUGCAUUGCAUAUUCUAGGCGUGAUAGCGGUGGUGCUAUGUACAUUCAUAUAAAUAUGUGUGUAUUUACAUGCAUAAUAAUGUUGAAAUGCUUAGGCAGUGUGUGCUUGAUAUAGCCUGUAUGUCCCAGCAAAAUUUUUGAACUCAUAAUAACAAUUUUUAAGGAUUGCAUACUGUUCCGAACUUAUGCAAUUUUUACCAUCAAUGCAAAAAUACUUUAUUGUUUUUUUAUUUAUUUAUUUUGAAACUUGUAGCACUUGAAGAUGACCCCUUUGAGGUCAAAACAUGUAGUGCAUGCUACAUAAAUAAAUAAAUAAAUAAAUAAUAAAAUAUUUUUGCGUUGAUGGUAAAAAUUGUAUAUGUUCGUCAUAUUGACAAGUUGCAGAUAGUAAUUGUUGGUUCUGAUCUAGAGAAUUUAUAUUAUCCACUGCGUCUGACUGUAUGGAUACCCCUUUUUGAGUGUAACUGAAUGUUGUGCAUGGAGUAAAAUAGGGCUGAGUUUUUGAAGUAUAUGUCCGGUUGCUUGCCAGAGGCAUAUUUUUCUAUGUGAUUAAAAGCUUGAUCUCGUGUGCUUUGACACAGAAGACAAGAAUAUUUCAGAUUAAUGCAAUUUGUGUUCUUAUUUUGAAUGAUCUUGAUGAAUGCCUCAUGAUGAGACUCAAGAAUUCAUUCACAGUCCUGUAUGUUACAAAUAGUAGUACUGAGUAGUUGUCAUGAUAUUUCCAGAGGGCCCAUGCAGUAUGGUUUUUGUUUCACAUGUGAAACUUUUGAGAGAUGAUUGGGGUACAAAAGUUUUUAAAAAUCUGGCGGGCAGAUAAAUGUUGUGUUUUUAAGAAGGUGGAUUAGUAUUUUUGGUGCCCUGGUAUGGCUCUUGUGUCCACUUGGCAAGCAGGCUUCCUGUCUUUUGUUGCUGUACUGUAUGUCCUAAACAUACAUGGACCAAGCAUUUGACAAAGGCAAAAUAAAGUUUACAGAGAGAUUAAUGAGUUACCAGUUA